GUGAAGAAAAAGAAAAAGCUUUUUUUAUUGACAUUUUAAACAACACAGAACACCGGAGGACAUUCUUGUAAAUGAAGCCUCUGCUGGAAACACAGCCAUCACAAAAUCCAACCGUUUUCAGUUUUCCUGCGAGCUCUGCCACUUCUUUCUUCAUGGCUUCCAACCUCUCCUUCACCGCCAUCACUGACUUUCCACUUACACUUGGAAAAUUCCCAAACCACCCUCAAAGAAUCCAUCCCUUUCCUCUUCUACCUCUCAAUACCUCUUCCGAGUAUGGCUCUUUUAAGUGCUUUGCUAGCUCUAGAAGAAGGGUGACGUCACCAUUAGUUGCUCAUGCGGUGAAAGAAGAAGUGAUUGAUCAGUCACCAAAUUCAGAGGCUACCCUUGGCUCUGAAACCACCCCUCCUUCUUCCUCCAAGCUUGUUCUCGUCGUUGGUGGCUCUGGUGGCGUUGGGCAGCUUGUAGUGGCAGCAUUGCUACACCGGAAUAUUAAAUCACGUUUGUUACUGCGAGAUCCGGAGAAAGCAGUAGCACUGUUUGGCAAGCAAGAUGAGGAGAAAAUGCAGGUAUAUAAAGGAGACACUCGGAACCCAGAGGAUCUAGAUCCAUCUUUGUUUGAGGGAGUCACACAUGUGAUCUGCUGCACUGGGACAACAGCUUUUCCUUCAAGGCGAUGGGAUGGAGAUAAUACACCAGAAAGAACAGAUUGGGAGGGUGUCAGGAAUCUUGUUUCUGCAUUGCCCUCAACACUUAAAAGAAUUGUUCUUGUUUCAUCAGUUGGCGUAACCAAAUUCAACGAACUACCAUGGAGCAUUAUGAAUCUUUUUGGCGUUCUCAAGUAUAAGAAAAUGGGGGAAGAUUUUGUUCUCAAAUCUGGUCUUCCAUUUACUAUAAUCAGACCUGGUAGAUUAACAGAUGGGCCUUACACAUCAUAUGAUCUAAAUACCUUGCUCAAAGCUACUGCUGGGAAAAGGCGUGCAGUUGUCAUUGGUCAAGGAGAUAAGCUUGUUGGAGAAGUUAGCAGAAUUGUGGUGGCUGAAGCUUGCAUUCAGGCAUUGGACAUAGAAUUUACCGAAGAUGAAAUUUAUGAAAUCAACUCAGUUGAGGGAGAAGGUCCUGGAUGUGAUCCGCAAAAGUGGAAAGAGCUAUUCAAAAAUCCUCAAUCACAAUGAUGUCCUUCGAUGAGAAAUGUGGAGAGAAGUAUACAAACUAUAUACACUGUCCAGUUGAAUCUGAUGACUUUCAGAGCUUGUAUAGUAUUCUUCUUUGUUUUAACAAUUAAAGACAGGCAUAUGCACAAUCCUGUGAACACAGAAGAUUGCAUCACUACUUUGUUGUUAAUGUAAAUGAAAAGCUAAAAGGGGGGGGGGUCAUUUUUUUUUUCAA